CACUUUCUAACAUUUGGCUGACGGAGUCCUGCCGUGCGCACAAAGAUGAGCUUCACAGUGAUUUUGGCUUUAAUCUGCGCCUUCAGUUGGGUCUCUGUGUCGGUGUCAGAGUUUCACACCGUGGAGGUCCAGCCUGGAGAAGAGGUCACUCUGCUGUGCUCCAACUUCAGCAAAGGUCCUACUCACAUAUUCUGGUUCAAACUGUCCGAAAGACUCAAUGCCAGCUGCAUCGUAUAUAUGAUCAGUUCCUUCUCCAAUGCUUCACUUUGUGGUGGAUUUAAAAAUGAUCAAUUCAAAAUGACCUCCAACACCACAAACCUUUUUCUGAACAUCAAACAAGUGGAUUUAUCCGCCUCUGGACUUUAUUUCUGUGGAUUUUACAGAGAUGGACACCCGGUCAUUGUCAGUGCGACGCAUUUACAGGUUCAAGAUGCAUGUAAUGGGUUAACAAAUAAACUGAUCAUCAUCCUGGGAGGUGGAACUAUUCUAAUCAUAACAGUCAUCAUCUGUCUGGUUGUCAGAAUCAGGAUAUCUCAUGCAACUCAAACUGACAAAGAAAAUCCACUAAACACUGAGACGUCCUCUGAAGCCCUCAACUAUGCAGCAGUGAGGUUUCAUCCAAAAGAAAAAACAAGCAAAAGACCCGUGGAAGAGAGAGAGCUGGAGACACAUGUGGUGUAUGCUGCACCACAUGGACCCCACACCAAUGACGACCCACGCUCAGAGUGA